ACGAGACGCGAUCCCGCUCGCUCGCGAGCGGAGCCGCGUCGACGCCGUUCUCCGACAGCGUGGAGCAGCAGCACAGCGACAUCGUGGCCGUGUCGCAGCGGUGUCGCGUCGCGACGCGGCAUCGCAGUAGUGCCUUGUCGCUCGUGUGCAUCGGUCUAAAUCGCUGCUCUCGUGUAAACGUAGAAACUACUGUAGAAAGUAUAUAGUAUAAGCCGCGGAGGAUCGCGACGAGACCGCGCGGCAGACUAGAUAGCCGCCAUGACCGAUAUCUUUGAUAUUGAACUUUUCAUUGAAGCGAUUAAGAAGUACCCUGAAAUAUGGGAUACCUCCUGUGAGAAUUACCACGACAAGAACAUGAAAAUCUUGGCGUGGUUUAUUAUUUCCAAAGAAUUUUAUCCCAAUAUCGAAGGAAUGUCCGAGUCCGAGAGAAACGGCAUCAAUAAAAGAUUGAUCCACAAGUGGAAGAAUAUCAAAGAUGCAUUUAUGAGAAGCAUACGAAAAAGAAGUAAAUCCGGCCAAGGAGCCGAUUGCGCGAAGCAGUAUAUAUAUUAUAACCAGCUCUCGUUUUUAUUGAAACCGAGGAAUAUAACGAACGCUGGGAACGGUGUGGCAUACGGGACUCUGCCGAUGUCGCAAACAGAGGGCGACAUCUCGGAUUCAACGCACAAUGACAUCAUGAAGACGCGCAGCAACAACUAUGAAAAUACAAACGCCAAAAAUUCACUGAACGAAAUGCAAAGUAAACGCCGCCGCAAGGAAAUGCUCGACCAACGUCUAACCAAUUGUAUAACCACACCGGGCGCACAACAUGCGCAAAACAAUUAUGAAACACAAUUGGACGAAGACAGAGCGUUCUUCGACUCGUUACUGCCGACAGUGCGAUCGUUCAAUAUCCAUCACAAAUUGGAGUUUAGGACCGAAGUAUUGAAAUUAGUUAAAAACAUGAUAAACAUCAAUCAGCCACAAUAUGUUCCACAAUACACUUCACAACACCCUUCACAACACCCUCAUAAUUCGUUGAAUGCCAACGCUCCUCCGCAGAUUCAAGUUCACCAGGCAUCGGCACUCGCAAGAAAUCCCACGCCGCACAGUUCGUCGAACAGUAUCGUAUCCAUAAACUCGCAUAACGAAUGUACAGAAAAUUUAGACUUGGAUGAUUUAUAAUAUUGUAUUAUUCGAGCACGCGAGCGCUCGCGUCACGCACAUUGUAUACAUAUUGUAUUAUACACAUCUACGAUUAUUUUCUUAUGUAUUCAAAAUACAAGGAAAUGUUUCAGACGAAUGUUGUAUAGUUUUGUACGUAAUACUAUCGUCAAGGGGCACGUCGAGAUGACAACUGUUUAAAUAAGCUUGGAGAAUUGUGUAAAGGUCGCUUAUAAAUUUUUAAACGAA